AUUGCAUACAAAUUUUGAGACCCGGCUUACAUUAAAGGAUUAUUCUUUUAUUAUAUCCCUUUUUUAUUUAUAGAGAGCUAUCUCAAUUUAAUUCCUUUUUCAACAUGAAUUUAGAUGAAAAAGAUGCCGAUGAUAAAAUAGAAUCACCUGUAAUGGAACCUAGUACAAGUACAAGUACUAUAAAAUUUCGUAGAAAUUAUGAUACAUUAUUAAAAGAAGUACUUGAAGAAAGCUCGGAUGAAGAUGAAGAAUUAUUUAAUCAUAUAGAUAUUGAUCUCGAUACUGCAACUGCAGAGUUACCAGAUGAUUUACGAGCAGCUUUAGAAGAUCGUGCAUUAGCUGAUAAAUACUUGGCUAAUUUAAAGAACUACAUGAGCCAUAGAAGAUCACAAUCUAUUAAUUCAGAAUAUUCAACUUUUCUUCCUUUAUUCAGACCUAAUACACCUCUUCGGUCCAAUUUCUCUAAUCAAGCUUUAUUGUCACCUCAACUUCUUGAGCAUGUACAACAGCAACAUCAUCAAAAGCAGCAGCAGAAACAACAACAGCCGGAUCCACUUUUGAAAGUGCUGAACGCUGUUCCAUAUCAAACUCGUCUUAUUAAUGGUGUUCCCUCACUUAUACUAUUAGAACAAAAGUUUUAUGCACUUCGAAUCCCCGAACUAGAUCUACCAGUUGUAUCUGACACAAUGAUUCAAACGCGAUUAAACGGACUUUAUAAAAUUAGAGAUGAUUUGUAUAUUCAUCUUAAUGGAGGCCCUCUUGUAGUUAAUAACAUGACUCAGUCAAAUAUUGGUGAAAAGAAGAAGGAGAAAGUACUUAAUUUAUUAGAUGAUAUCACAAAGGAAAUUGGGCUUUAUGAAGAAUUUGUAAAAAAAGCUAAUUAUCUUAGUCUGGAGAGUAUUUUAAAUGAAUCAUCGGGAGAAGAAGAAGAGGAAGAAGAGUUUUCUGAUACAGUAAAUGAUUCAGGUUCAAGCCUAUUAAACUUUAAUUCUCCUUCUGAAUUAUCUAAAAUAGCAGCAGAAACACCAUCCUUUUUAUCUGCUUCUUCAUCUAAGCGUCCAUCUUUCAGUUCCCCUAUCAGUAGUAGCCAACUUUCACUACAAUAUUUAGAUUCGGGUACUAGUUCUCCUCAAUCUUCAUUUGAUACGUUAGAAAAUCAAUCAAAUACAACAGCUGAGAAAGAAAAUAUAGAGCCAUGGGAUGCAUUUAAAUGGACACCACUCAUAAAAAUAUCAUCCCAACUUUAUUCUGAUCAAAUGAAAAAGGAGAAUGGCUUGGUUUCUGUUAUCAUUGUUAGUGGUGUAAUCGCCAUUGGUACAACUCGUAGUUUAGUAUUUGUUUAUGACUACUCCCAGAAUUUAAAAUGCAUACUUGGUGAAAGUGCUCGAGCUAUCGAAUUAGGCUCAGUAACAUCAUUAGCUAUAUCUUCUGAUCAUACAACAAUUGCUUGUGGUCAUGCCCAAGGACAUAUUGUUAUAUGGGAUAUUCGAAGACCUCAUCAACCUAUACGUACCAUUGAUCCCAUUUCACCAAGUCAAGUAGCUGGUGCAUUAGCAACUCCUCAUCAUCAAGCACCUCGAAAGGAGGGUCAUGUAAAAGGAGCAGCUAUUUUACAUAUUGGUUUUGUAGGAGUCAAAAAAUCUGAUAUUGUAUCAGGAGAUGAUCAAGGAAUGGCUUUUUAUCACGUUUUAUAUAAGGUCAUCAUGGUCAAUGCAGUCGAUACCACCCGCAUUUCGGGACGUUACCAAAACAUAUCAUUGACUCCUAAGAUUCAAUCUGUUGUUGCAAGAUCUCGUUUACAAACACCUUUACUAGUUACAAAACCAAGAAAACCUAAUACUGUUUUUGCUAUGCAACCCUUACCUCUUGGUCAGAUACCCCAUCCUGCUGAAAAUUUUGGACUUGUCGCUAUACUAAAACCAUACAAGUUAAUUAUUGUAGGUUUAAAGCCUACUCCACAAACACUUUACAAGUUUCUAAAACCCAGAGAAUCUUCUGUUCAUUUAGAUCAUAAAAUAGACAUCGAAAAUGGGUCAUCAGUAAAUGUUGAGACACUCUCUGGUUGCUUGGCAUGGCUACCGACAACCAAACUUAGAAAUAAUACUAUAACUAAAGAAUUUGUAAAAGGUAAAGACAAUUCAUUACCGUUAGAACCUAUGCUUGCUUUUGCAUGGGGAAAGCAUCUUUUUAUUAUUCGUAUUAGUGUUAAUCAAGAUAAUAAAUAUGUUACGCAAAAUGGAAGAGUAACUAGAUUACCUGCGACUCCACCUAAAACAAAUAAACGAGGUAUUCAAUUAGAAUUUGUUAAAAUUGGUGAAUGGAAAUGUAGAGAUACAAUUGUAGCAAUUCAAUGGAUUAAUAAACAGAUAAUUGUAUUAUUUACACCUAAUGAGGAAAUGAUCCUUUUUGACCCUAAAAGUAUGACAGAAACGCAACAUACAAGUAUUAGAACUAAGCAGUUGGUCUAUCAUGAUUGGUUUAAUCAGCCCUUGCAAGACUUGACUUCUACUGAAUCUUCUGAAACUGCUAACCCUAGAUCAAUUGAAAUGGCUUAUUUUGGGUCUAUCAAGAGCUAUAAAGGGAAACUGUUUUUAUUAGGUAUGCAACAACUUUAUAUAGGUACACUACUUUCAUGGGCAGAUCGUAUUCUGGCUCUUGUCCAAGCCGGCGAUUUUAUAGAAAGUAUUGAACUUGCUACUUCCUUUUAUAAUGGUGUGGGCGUUCAAACUGUUGUCGGCCUCCCUGAAGAUGAAAAGGAAAGAAAGACUCUUGUUGGAGAGCAGCUUAUGGAUCUUCUUUUGGCUUCACUAAACUAUGCAUUCUCAUCUGAACAUGUCUAUGGCGGUAUGACGAACGAAGUUGUACAUGAUAAGCUAGUAGUACUCUAUGAGUUGGCAAAGAACUGUAUUGAAGCCUGUCUUAGUAUGAAUCAAACAGAAUUUUUAUUUGAUACGGUCUAUGAAAGAUUUUUAGAAAAUAACGUCCAAGGAGUGUUUUUAGAGGUUUUAGAGCCCUUUAUUGUAGGAGAUCGUGUGCCCGAUAUACCACCUUCCAUUAUGAAGGAUUUUGUUGAUCACUACAGUAAGAAGCGCCUUUUGAAUGAACUGGAGCAAGUUAUUUGGCAUGUCAAUCCUCACUAUCUAGACAUUGAUCAAAUUGUAAGUAUGUGCCAUCGGGAGGGCAUGUAUGAAGCUAUGAUGUAUGUUUGGAAUAAAAGUAUGCAUGAUUAUGUAAGUCCUGUUGUAGAGAUGCUCAAAGUGAUUCGGAGUGUCUUACGUGAAGAAGCCCAAAAUCAAGAUUGUAGUCAUAAACGACAAAAUGCAGAAAAAUUGUUUGAUUACCUAAAGUUAAUUUUGACAGGCCGAUCUUAUCCUGAAGGGUCCUCGAUGCUGACUCUUAAUGAAGCUAGUGACGCUCGCAGUGCUGUGUAUUCAUUUGUAUUUUCAGGUCGUUGUAUGGUUUGGCCUCCUGUAGGAGGUAAAUUGAUCCUAACCGCUGAUGAUGAGGAAGGUGUCUCUGAGCCUACUUAUCCUUACCUAAGAUUAUUACUUCGAUUUAGUACUAAACAUUUUUUGGAAGCUAUGGAAGUUGCCUUUCAAGAUCCUUGGCUCAAUGGUGGUGAAGAUAUCCUGAGCUCCAAGUUUGAAGAUGAGGUUCCCGGUAAAGUUAUUUCACGACAAAUCAUCAUUAAUACACUACUUGAUGUUAUGGGGGGUGGGUUAACAGGGAAUGGUCUACCACUUCCACCACCAAGACCUAAACAAUCCUUUUCAGCUUCCACUGUACAUUCUAUUAGUGCCAACACUCGGCCUAUACCCUCCUUCCUUGAUCACCCAUAUGAUUAUGUCUCGAAUGAAAACAUUAUUUUACUCUACAUCUUUAUUGCUUCCAAUUUACAUAUGUAUACAACAUUUAUCUUGUUACCUCCAAAGACCUUACACAAGGUUCUUGUAAGGCUUGCCGAAGAUCAUGAUCCAGAUACACGUGUUGAACGUGAAAGAGCUGUACAAAAGCUUUUAACCGUCUAUACACCUGCUAAUGAAGAGCAAAUUGUGGUCCUCUAUGAAGAUGCUGGAUUUUGGAAGGUACUUGAGGAUGUAUAUCGACGUGAUAAAAAAUAUGGUAAACUUGUUGAGGCCUAUCUUAAGGAUGAUGAACGUCGCAACCAAGUCUUUGAUUGUUUUACAAACCUAUUAACUUCUUCCGAACUUGACGAUCAGCAAAAGGAACAAGUAAAGCGUGUCUUUAUGAUUCGUAUUUCACAAUUUGUUGAAAUUGAUGGACAAAAGACGGCCUAUAUCGUGGAAAACUUUAUGAAUGGCAAUCAUACUGAUGCUAUACGCCGUUUAGAAGAAGAUCAAGAAUUUGACGAUGAUGAGCAUCAUGCUACAGCAGAUAAACAUCUAUUUUCAUAUCUAAGAGGGUUAUUAGAGCCUUAUGAAGAAGGCAAAGAAGGCGAAGAAAGAGAAGAAGAAGAACCAUUGUUAUCAAAUGGUAUGCAUCAAGGACAAAUGAUAGAAGCCCAUGCCUCUCUUGUAGAUGUAUCUAUUCAAGAACGUUACAUUGAACUCAUGUGUCGUUUUGAUCCUUCCGGUGUCUAUAAUUAUUUUAAUACAAGAUUAAAUACAACUAUUCCAUUAGAUAAUGCGCUUAAAAGUUGUGAAAAGUAUGGAGUCAUGGAUGCAGUCGUUUGGAUUAUGGAAAAGAAGGGUGAUACACAAGGAGCACUUGAAAAGAUGUUGCAUGUGGCAAAAGAUAAAAAUACAACCAUUUUACAAAUCUUAAAACAGCAUCAAACAACUCAAGAUAGUAAUUGGAGCUAUGAAGAAUUGAGCAUGAUAUCUAGUUCUCUCAUAGGGUUAAAUGGUGUCUUACGAGUGAGUACACGACUUUGUGAAAAUAGUAGUAGAACACACAUAUCAGCAACGACACCUUACCAGACAGGUUCUGAUGAGGCAUAUAUACCUGAAUUAAGUUAUGAAGAUAGUUCAGUAGGAGAUGAUUCAACAAGCCACCAUGAAUUUGUACAUAAUGAUCAAGUAGAAACACUAUGGUUCCAAUUAUUAGAUGCUUAUGUUGAGGGCUCUAUUGAGAUCUAUAAUACCUUAGGUGGAGAAAAUGAUCAUCAAUACGUCCCAAUUGAAAUUCACCAACGUAUUACAUCUUCAUUUAAAUUAUUUGUACAAUCCAUCUUAACAUCUCUGUUACUAUCCACAUCACCUCAAGUAUCCUUACCACGAUUAUUAUUACGUUUAAUUCAUUCUCAGGCACGAGGUGAAACGACCUUUGCAGACUUUAGGGAUGUAUUUUUAAGCAUGUUAGAUACUUAUAAAUAUGAGGGAAAGCUGCUUGAAAUGACAAAUAAGUUAUUUGACCGAGAUGUGUUUAGUAGUUUACAGGAUAUGGUAGAAAAGCGUGGUAAAGGAUGGCGACCAGCACGAGCUGUAUGUGAGAUUUGUGGUGCAAAUAUUUUAGAUCUUACAUUAUUGCAGCCACCUUUGGCAUGGGGAUUUGAAGAUGAAAAACCAAUAGAAGAGAAUGACGAUGAUGAUGAUGAUGAUGAUGAUGAUGAACGCUAUGUAUUGUUUCAUUGUGGCCAUGGUUUUCAUACAAAAUGUUUAGAACAACAACUUGGAUAUAUACAGGAAUGUAUUGUAUGUCAACAUGGUAAUCCAGAAGCGAAGCCUAUGAUGCCACCUCUUUCAACAAUGAAUACAACAGAAGAGAUAAUCAAGAACACUACUAAAGGUAAAGAAAAAGUAUCAGCUUAAAUGGUAUACAUUCUAUGUAGUUAUAGAAUCUAUUUAUUUUAUUUUAUUUUUUCUACCUGUAACUCAAUCAUUUUAUUUAAACUGGAAAAUCAAUAAAUAGAUAAAUAAAUAAAAGCAUAAAUAGUAU